CGAACAGAUCACAACGAAAUCGAGGAGGAAAGGAAGGUAAUCCGAAACUUACCCGAUAUCGAAUAAGCCCAAUUCAAGAGUUUAGGUUUUAAAGACCAUGGCUGCUUCAACUUCAAGCGCAGUGCUCUGAUUGUCUUCUGAUUCUCAUAUAUAAGGGCCUCUUGGACCCUUUUUCCAUUUCAGCCUGAAUCACCCAAUUCUUAGAGCUUCUCCGUUUUAACAUACGAAUAGCUGCCAAUGGCGACGGCAUCGGAAGUGGGUGUCAAUGGAGAGAAGAGGGCUACGAUAUCGCCUGAUUACUUGGAGAGCAAGGCGGUCCUUGAAACUAAGGCUCUACUUUCAGAGCUGUGCCGCCAUUUUUAUGGGCUUGGAUGGGUCUCUGGGACUGGUGGCAGUAUCACCAUCAAGGUCCAUGAUGAUGCUAUUCCCAAGCAGAAUCAGCUCGUUCUUAUGUCUCCUUCUGGCGUCCAGAAGGAAAGAAUGGUACCAGAGGACAUGUACGUGCUAUCACCUGAUGGUUCUAUCUUAUCUUCUCCUAUUGCUAAGCCAUUCCCACACAAGCCUCCAAAAUGUUCGGACUGUGGUCCUCUUUUCAUGAAGGCAUAUCAGAUGCGAGAUGCUGGAGCUGUUAUUCACAGUCACGGGAUAGAAUCAUGCCUUGCAACGAUGAUCAAUCCAUCAGCAAAGGAAUUUAGAAUUACUCAUAUGGAAAUGAUCAAAGGAAUCAAAGGGCAUGGUUAUUACGAUGAACUCGUGAUCCCAAUAAUAGAAAAUACUGCUUAUGAAUACGAGCUCACAGAAUCACUAGCUAAAGCGAUCGAAGCCUACCCAAAAACAACUGCUGUACUUGUUCGAAACCAUGGCAUUUAUGUAUGGGGCGAUUCAUGGAUCCAUGCAAAAACUCAGGCUGAAUGUUACCACUAUCUCUUUGAUGCGGCCAUCAAGCUUUAUCAAUUGGGCCUAGACUGGUCUACUCCAGAUCAUGGUCCCAUUCGGAACGUCAAGGAAGUCGUAGUAGCUGGUAGCAACAAUGGAGCAUCUUCAAAGCGUUGCAUUGUUCUUGACAUAGAAGGAACUACUACUCCAAUAUCAUUUGUGACCGAUGUUCUCUUUCCAUAUGCUCGCAACAAUGUCCGCAAGCAUUUAUCUCUAACAUUCGACACUGCAGAGACUAAGGAAGAUAUUGCGUUGUUACGAUCUCAGGUGCAAGAUGAUCUGGAAAAAGGUGUUGCUGGUGCCGUGCCUAUUCCACUCGAUGAUUCUGCAAAAGAGGACGUUAUUGCAGCUCUAGUUGCAAACGUUGAAGCCAUGAUAAAAGCUGACAGGAAGAUUCCUGCUCUAAAGCAGUUGCAAGGUCAUAUAUGGUUAACUGGAUUCGAGAACAAUGAAUUGAAAGGAGACAUUUUUGACGAUGUACCACGAGCUCUGGAAAGGUGGCACGCGUCGGGCAUAAAGGUAUACAUAUACUCGAGCGGCAGUAGAUUGGCACAGAGGCUUCUAUUUGGAAAUACAAAAUAUGGGGAUCUGAGAAAAUAUUUGUGUGGAUAUUUUGAUACCGCAGUGGGAAACAAAAGAGAAACGCGCAGUUAUGUCGAGAUCAGAGAGUCUGUUGGCGUCGAUAAGCCAUCAGAAAUCUUGUUUGUCACUGAUGUUUUUCAGGAAGCUGUAGCUGCAAAAGCAGCAGGAAUUGAUGUGAACAUAUCCAUUCGACCUGGGAAUGCUCCUCUUCCAGACCAUCAUGAGUUCAAGACCAUUCAAUCCUUUUCACAAAUCUGAAGAUGUUGGUAUGUGUGUCCCUUUUUCCCUAUUAGAAUGUCCAAUAAUUGUUGAGAAUAGAAGCUUAUUAUUCACAUAUUAAUAAAACUCAUCAUCUUUGAGUAUCAAAUGCAAAUUCCUAUUGACUGCUAUGAUAUCUGCCAACUGAUGGCAUUGAUAUAAUCUUGGAUGACUAUGUAUAGUGACAUGCAUCACCCUUGUGUUCGGUAUUAGUUUCGAUACCAAAUCGAUAGGAAAGUUGAGUUCUACCUUCUAUUUUCUUCA